AUGAAAGAACAACCUGUUUAUAAUAGAUAUAGAGGUGGUGGUACGAAUAUAAUAUCGAAUAUCUUUGGUGGCGGUGUUGUAGAUGGUGCCGUUGGUACCGCUGGAAAUCAACAACAAUAUUAUAGUAAUGGAAAUGAUAUAGGUAGUGGUGGUGGUGGUGGUGGAUAUGGUAAUGGUAAUGGAGGUGUAGGUGGUUCUAAAGGAUCACCUUCUUCCGCUUUUAUGUAUUCAUCAUCAUCUUUGUUAUCGUCGUCUUCAUCUUCAACGAGCGCUGCCGCUUCACUCUUCUCUUCAUCGACAUCGAGAUUCACAUCAUAUAUAUAUCAAUCGAAACUGUACCGUACUAUCUACCCGUUUAUCGCAAUCGUUGGAAACGGCAUCGGUCAAAUCAAUCAGCGUAUAGGCGGUCGUGGUCGUCUGGCGCUAUUCCUCCAGGUCUUGGCGCUGGCACUGCUACUGUCUCACACGCUCGACAAAUUCCAAAUGACAGACGAUGCAGACGCGCGACUCGUAACUCUGCGAAACAACUUGUGUUCACAACACCUACAGCAACAAGCAGAUUUCUAUCAUCAACCGGCGUUCGCUGGCGACAUUCCAGCGAAUAUCGACACCUCCAUACUCUGUCGGUCGACACCUACACAGUUUAGCAAGUUUGUUUGGAUUUUCGUUGAUUCGUUGGCGCGUGACCAAGCAACCGACUUGAUUGAAGCAUUCCAAGAGAGCGCAUCCGUCUAUCGUAUUAUGAAUCAUGGAUUCAAAUUCUCGACAGCCAUCUACACUUCGUUCUUCACUGGAAAGAUUCCGACCAACUAUGCAGGACGGGUCAUCAAAUCGGACAACAUCUUCUACCAGAUGAAAAGAGCCAACUUCCAAAUUAGAAUGUACUUUGACGAAUACUCUAUCAUUCCUGACGAGCACAACAUUCUCUACAAUCUAUUUGGUGAUCAAAGAAUGCCUGCUUCAGAAACAACUGUAUCAUUAGCAUUAGAUGAAUUAACUGAUUCUGGAAGAAAAAGUAUAAUGCUAACUUCGAAUUUGUUGGAUGAUAAGAUUCAUAAGAAAGGAAAGUAUGAUCCUCCCACUUUGAAAUUAUUGUCGGAUUUAAAUAGAAAUAUACCAUUGUUGAAGAAAUGGUUGGCCGAUCAUCCAGAGUAUCUGUUGAUUGUUAAUUCCGAUCAUGGUGGAAGUAAGACUGGUGGUCAGCACGAAGGUGAACUUCAUGGAAAGAAAGACGGUGGCAACGAAGGAUUUAUCAUGUUUGCCAAUCAGCAUAUUAGACCGGCAGACAAACGACAGAAUCAAAAUGGACCGCAAUGGUUGGACACUGUCGAUGUUGCACCGACACUCGUUCGAUACCUCAAGAAUGUUGGUAUACCUCUGGAGUCACUCGGUAAGGCAGCGGUACCUCUUUUGGAACAGCCAAGCUAUCGUACACAGUAUCUCGAUCUUCUCACCAAUGCCAUUCAAAUCCGUCAACUGUGCAAACUCAAAGGAUUCCCAUACAGCGAGUCGGAAUUCGAGAGGGCAUCGUCUGUUGGAACCGACAUUGAGAACGUCGACGACAGUAUAUUGCGCGAGCAAAUCAGUAUUCUAAACAGAUUUAUCGUAUCAAUCAAAGAACCAAUGGUAGAUUUCAAGAAAUUCCCAAGUAGAUAUCUUUUGGUUAUCGGUAUAUUAAUGAUUAGUUUACAAAUUUUAAAUUUAAAAUAUGAAUCAAAUCUAUUUGGACAACUUAGAAGCUAUACAGUACCAAUUGUACUUAUAUUCUUCUUUUUGUAUAUCGAUUUCCUUUUCUUGAAAUUCGAUUAUCACAAACACUUUCAGAAUAUUUUUAAUUUCUAUUUGAUGUUGUCAUCAUUCUCUAUUCUCUUUACUGUAAACUCUUUUAUUAGAGAUUUCAAACUAAAGAGCAACUCACCUCAAUUACAAUCACAACAACAACUACAACAACAACCAUUACAAGUUGAAUUACAACCUAUACAAACAAUGAAUAUUCUACAACCAAAUGAUAUUAGUUUAGAUAAUAAUAAUAAUUUCAAUAUUAACAAUAAUAGUAAUAUAAUAGACAACAACAACAAUAAUAACAAUAAUAAUAAUGUUAAUAAUAAUAACAAUGAUAUGAUUUCAAUAGAUACAGGAUUUAGUGAGAUAGAUAUACAACUUGUACAGCAACAACAACAACAAUUACAACAACAACAAAAUGGAUUAAAUAAUAACAAUAAUAAUAAUAUAAUUGAUCCAUUAUCAAACUUUACAAUGAUUGAUGAUUCACAAUCAUCAGAUUCGAUCAUCCUCGAUUCUCUCAGUGAACUAUCAAACAACGUAUGUUAUGUGAUGUUUGCUUUGCUAAUUUCAAAUAUGUUGGGUGAAUACUUGGAGAUGGUGUACGAACCAUUCGUCCCAGCUUUGCCGUUGCUCAACGUAGUUCUACCGAUCACAUUACUAUAUUUAUUGUUCAAGAAAAGAAUGCAACAAAACUCGACCACAAAAGUAGUUUUCAUGUCUGGAGGUGGAUACUCUGCGGUCAUUGUUCUAAGCAUGCUCUACGAGUUGACUGGAAUCGUAUCUUUGAUGCAACUUGGUUAUAUCGUUUUGUUUUUACAAUUCAUUCAGCUGAUGAUGUUCAACCGUCUUGCCGAAGACGGAUAUCUUAUAAGCUCGAUUCUCUAUUAUGUUGUCGCCACCGAGCAACAGAGAUUCUAUCUACUUGCACUGUUUGUACCAUCACUCUACCUGCUAAGCAACCAUAUAUUCAACCUAUACCCAUCGGUCUCUAGAAGUGGACAGAUCUCUAUGAUCAAUGCAACAAGACAACUCUCAAGAUUGACUGCAUUCCUAUUGCUGGCGAUCGCAUUCCAUUCCUACUUGCUAAUGGGCGGAACCUUCAAUAUGAAUGUCGAUGUCCGUGCCGGUAACAUUGGUCUUGUCAACAUGGAAGACUAUCCUACAUUCAGUGGAUUCCUUAUGCUCUAUCACAAGCUUGGAUUCUUCUUUAUUCUCGUAACAUUCUUGGCACGUCUAUCAAGAGGUGAACAGAGUUGCUCUGAACAUUGGAACCACAACAACAACAGCAGCAAUAACAACAACAACAACAACAACAAUAAGCUAUUGUCAAACGAAGAUACAUCAUUCAAAUACUGGAUAUUCCGUUAUCUUGGACAGAAAGCAGUCAUUAUGAUGUGGAUUUUCAAUCUAAACUUUUGGCAAUACAAAGACUAUCUCGACUGUUUCAUCAUGACCAUGAUUAUAUCGAUCGUUGUUAUCCUCUACGGUGUACUUAUACUUCUUGACGACUAUUGUAAAACAUUACAACCAAAGAUUGGUCAUUAUAUAAUAAGAAUGAAGCAAUCAUUAUCCAGAAGAUAG